UUGUAAACAAUUUUUGGCAAACAGAGAGCAUAAACAAAACAGGUCAAACCUCACUUUUGCCGGUAGUGGUCAAACGAGUGUUCUUUUUUCUACACGUGAAAAAACUUACUGCUGCAAUCGCUGAAUUCUCCCCGUGGGAUUCCUCGGAAACAAUGUCCACGGAACAAUCGAAAGUGUCGAUCACAAUCUCACUCUACAAGGACACGGUGUAUGAGUUGGAAACAGCGAUCGAACAGGCCGCCAAAUCGAGUUACCAUUCCAUCACAACGCCCAUUGUACAUCGGCGCUUUCAGCGGGAGUUUGUGGAUGAACCGUUGAAGGCGAAACAUAAUUGCUUCACCCGCUCCGAUCUGCUGCUGUCUUCGAGCCAGUGGCUCAAUCGAGUGAUUUGCAAGCUGAGCAGCAAUGUGGACUGUGAUUCGCUGGACGAAAAUGUACGAAAGCAGGGAGAGGCUACAAUUGAACAGGAGAAAUCAUUUGCGGAGCAUUUAGUCCAAAACGGGUACAUGUUGGUUCGGUUGAAGAAUGGCAAUUGUGCCAAUUUAGCAAGGGUACUUGCCUUCGGAUUGAAGGGUGUGUUGUUGGUUGAGGUGCCUAUGUCCAAUCCGAAAAUUACUCAGGCAACAUGGAGAAGCGAUGUUGACGAAAAACAACCCCCGGAGGACACUUGGAAGUGGUGGAACAAUUUUCGAUCCUACGCUGAUUUUGACUCGCAUAUAAAGAUUGCUCUGGAGUUUACGGCGGAUAUUCCCAAGAGGAAGGAAAUUUAUCGUUGGCUCGGUGAACCAGUCGAUGCGAUUGUGAUAUCUUCCAAUAUAUUCCUGACGAACUCGAAAAACUAUCCAGUAUUGUCUAAGGCCCAUCAAGAGCUGCUGGUACUUUUCCAUCGAAUCCUUGGGUGUCAUUUUAUAUUGAAGGCGAAUCCCGAGGAUCCGCGCCUCGUUGCUUACGCUGACUAUUUAAAGUUCGUAAUACGAAACAACUACACCAAGGACCCAAUGCAGGGAUACGACGAUCUUCUGGAGAUCCCUUUGCAGCCGCUAUACGACAAUUUGGAUAGCUUUACCUACGAGGUGUUCGAAAAAGACCCGGUUAAAUACAUUCUCUAUCAAAAUGCAAUCGAGGAAGCGCUUCGAGAUCGUGUUCCAACGGAAGAAAUCGAAACUCGAACGUCCGUUAUAAUGGUUGUCGGUGGAGGUCGUGGCCCAUUGGUUCGCGCUGCUCUGAACGCCUCGCUUAAGUGUAAACGGAAAGUGAAAAUCUAUGUAAUCGAGAAGAAUCCCAAUGCAAUUGUUACUCUCAGCGCGCUAAUAAAUGAAUUAUGGAAGGAUAGAAACGUGGAACUCAUUUCCACCGAUAUGAGAGAGUUCAAACCUCCGGAGAAGGCAGACAUUUUGGUGUCCGAGUUGCUGGGAUCCUUUGGAGAUAAUGAAUUAUCUCCCGAGUGUUUGGAUGGGGCACAAAAGCAACUAAAACCGGAUGGAAUCAGCAUUCCAUGCAAAUCAACAUCCUACCUUAAUCCAUGUAUGACUACCAAAAUCUACAACCAAAUUCGUGCAUUAGAGAAAUCCCCCCACUCAAAAGAUCGAGUGGUGACUUCGCGACAUAUGGAAGGAUCGUAUGUCGCGUAUCUCAAGAAUGUCUAUCACAUUGACGACCCGCAGGUUGUUUUCGAGUUUGUCCACCCGAACCGGGAGAAUGUGUUCGAUAAUUCUCGCUUCAAAACGCUUCGUUUCAAAGCAACGCUGGAUUGUGUGAUGCACGGAUUUGUCGGUUAUUUCGACACGGUGCUGUACAAGGAUAUCACCAUUAGUAUUCAUCCGUAUACGCAUACCAAGGGUUUGGCGUCCUGGUUUUCGAUCUUCUUUCCACUCUCGGAACCGAUGCAGAUCAAGAAGGGAGACGAUAUCGUGGUGAACUUCUGGCGAUGUGUUGCAUCGCACAAGGUUUGGUACGAGUGGAACGUUGCCGCACCCAGGCAGUGUCACAUUCACAACGUGCGAGGACGAGGACAACCGAUUUGGAAGUAAAAAGACGAGGUUUUUAAUUUAGAAAUUAAAAUUUCAACUGUGUUCAACCUAUGAGAUAAAGCUUAUAGUUAUAGGAACAAAAUUAUUAAAAUGAGAAACAUUAAAAAAUAAAUCGAAAGCUAACGUAACAUUCAUUUCGUUUUAUAAGUGAUUCCUUGGGCCCUAUUAAAGAAAUGGAAUCGAUAAGAAUUUUGCCCGUUAGCUCUAUUUUACUAGGGUAAAUCAUCUUGGUUUGUCCGAUUUAGGGUGUUUUCACGCAACUAGCAA